AUGUAUCCCGUCCAGUACGCUCCUCAACCGUACAUAGCUGCUGUGACGCCUGCGUUCAAUCAACAGCCUGCUCAGGCUUAUCAAGCGCCUCCAGCUUAUCGACCAGCUCCAGUUCAACAACGUGCUGUGGCUCCGCCAGCUUAUCAACAAGCACCAGCAGCUCCUGUUUAUCAACAACCGAGAGCGCAAGCGCCGAGGCAGAACGCUCAGAACCAAAAUAGGAGACAAAGGGAAAGGGCGACCUUCAAUCCAAUCCCAAUGUCCUACACUGAGCUUUAUCCCUCCUUGUUGCAAAAGGGGUUGGUAGUUCCCAGACCUAUGGGACCUCCCUCUGAUCGUCUUCCUCCGUGGUACAACCCUAAUGCACACUGCCCUUUUCAUGAAGGUGCCCCCGGGCAUGACUUAGAGGGUUGUUACGCUCUGAAGCAUAGGGUUCGUGAGCUAAUUGAAAGCAAGAUCUUGUCUUUUAAGGACAUGGGACCGAAUGUGAAGAACAAUCCUCUUCCUCCCCAUGGAGAUCCUGCGGUGAACGCCAUUGAAGAUGCAUCUACUGUUGUUAUGGUUGAGAAGGUGGAGGAUGUUAAGACCCCUUUGGCAGCAUUCCAUGCCCGAUUGGUGGAAGCCGGCCUGGUUAAUGUUGAUCAUGACAACUAUGAAAAGUGUGCCACAUACCCGAAGGGAUGUCAGGUGGUACGAGACAACAUUCAAGAUCUGAUGGAUAAAGGAGUGCUUCAAAUAUCCAGUGUUGUGAAGAACGAAGAUGUGUUGGUGAUUGAACCUUGUUUUAAUUUACCUGAACCAGUUGAAAUCCCAUAUUAUAGUGGUGGUGUGGUCCCGGUGAACAGUAAGCCGUUGCCUGUUGAGAUAUGCACGCCCACACCUUUUCCUUACGAGAGCACCAAGGCUGUGCCUUGGAAAUAUGAGAUUACCGCUGUGGAUAAGGUAGUUGAAGGAAGUUCAGACGCUAAGGUGACAGAAACUGUAAGUGAAAACGUCACCAAUAUUGCAGGGAUGAGCAGAAUGACCCGUAGUGGUCGAAUCUAUACGCCUGAAUUCAAUGUGACUCCUCAAGGGCCAAAUAAGGAAUCAACAGUUGUAACUCCUGCCAAAGAACCCGAAGUGGUCCAAUCCGAAGAUGCUGUUGAAUUCUUGAAGUUAAUCAAAAGAAGUGACUACAAAGUGGUGGAUCAGUUGCAUCAAACACCAUCUAAGAUCUCUAUUCUGUCUCUGCUACUGAACUCCCAAGCCCAUAGGGAGGCUUUGUUAAAGGUGCUUGCUCAAGCUCAUGUAACACAAAGCAUAACAAUAGACCAAUUUGAUGGGGUAGUGGCAAACAUCACAGCUUGUAAUACUUUGAGCUUCAGUGGAGAGGAAUUACCUGAGGAUGGACAAAAUCACAACCGUGCUCUCCAUAUCUCGGUGAAAUGCAAAGAUGAUGCUUUGGCAAGAGUUUGUGCAUCUACUCAUGGUAAUCAGAAUAAUGAAUAUGAAGAAAUUGGCCAUAAGAAUGAGGAUGGUUUGGUUGAUGUUUCCAAAUAUUGUUUUGAUGCUUCACUGGAUGUGGUAGACCAUAAGAAAUAUGUUUCAACUGAUGCAUCUGAUGGGAGCAGCCGGGAAAGACUGCUGGGCAGUUUUAAGAAAAUUGUUGAUUGUGAUGCUACUCAAAAGCAGAAUUUGUUGUCAACAUUUGAGAUGCCACUUGAUAUUAUAAUUGACAAAUGCUUAAUUCAGGAAAUCAUGGUUGAAUACAAUUAUGUCCGCAAAUUAAUCAUCAAUGUGCUUAAGGAGGCAUUUAAGUUGCAAGAGCAUCUUUUAGCACUACGGCGGUAUCAUUUUAUGGAAUUGACGGAUUGGGCAGAUUUGUUUAUCCUGUCACUUUGGCGACAUAAGUAG